UCUGCUGCCAGUAACAGUCCAACUCUUGCGCGGCUGACAAACUCGCCACGGGAACACGGGAGAGCGGCAAUAGCGGCAAUCCUGGAACGGACGCGAGCGGGCACGCCUUCCCACACAUCUCCUGCGCUCGGCCGGUGGUAACGGUGGUAACUCGCUCGCCACUCUCGUGUUUAACGGUGUCGCGUGAAUUAAACAUUUGCACGUUGAAAACUUUUUAAAUUCGUAAUGUGGGUGCAUUAAAAUAUUAAAACAGAAAUUUCGAUUCCAAGAGUUAAUCAUCACUUAUUUUGAAAAAUGCUUACUUCAACUUUCGUGAUUUUCAAGUUAAUGAUGAUCCUCAGUGAAUCUACUCUCAUAGGAAAUGCGCUGCGCUUAACCAACAUGAGUGCGCCAUUGGUUGCGGAUGUACGUGGUGAUAUCGACUUGGAUUGUCGAUUCGACAUGGGAGCUGAAGAGUUGUACGCCGUUAAAUGGUAUAAGGACGAUCGGGAGUUUUUCAGAUAUAUGCCAAAACAACACCCGAAAACAAUCAAGUUCCCAGUGGUCGGCAUAAACCUAGAGAUGACGAACACGAACUGCGGUAAAGACCACUGCAAAGUAAAACUUCGAGGACUGUCGCGCGAACACAGCGGCGGCGCCUUCCGCUGCGAGAUCUCCAGCGAAGCACCGACAUUUAGAUUGGCUUCCGAAACGCACGUCGUUACAGUGGCAGCGUUACCCAAGGAGACGCCGCACAUUGAGGGUGUCAAUGGUCCCUACACCGAAGGCGAUGUGAUCAACGCCAAUUGCAUGUCGGACGUGGCAGAUCCAACACCAAUACUGUCCUGGUACAUCAAUAACCAAGAGGUCCUUCCCCGGCACGUGGGCGAAAUGACGUGCUCCGACCCCGAUAAUCGUGGAUUAAUGGCGCGAUCUCUGACGUUAAGUUUCCCAGUGGACAAGAAGCACGCUCUGGCGAAUUCCGUCGAAUUAAAAUGCAUCGCUACGCUGCCGGGCAUCCCCCAACCGCCGCAGUCCACGAGCAAGCUAGUCAGCACCCGCAGCCGACAACCGGAAGUAAUCAACAAACAAAAAUUACAGUCGGACUCCACCUCCGCGGCGACGGCGGCGAAGAAUCACGUCGAUUUCACUAUCUUCGUUAUGCUUUGUUUCGCUAAUUAUAUCACAAGGUAAAUAUGAAGUAGAAGUAAAACUUGUAGUGGUGGAGGAAUCGUCAGUAUUAAUUUAAUAUUUUUGAAAAGAAAACUUAUAUUAAGUAUAAAGUUCCAUAAAUUUAAAGCGUAAAAUAAGAAAAUCACGUUAGAAUUAACUUGGCACCGUUGAUUAGAAUACUAAACGCUCAUAAACAUAUCACCGUUUAGUUUAAAUUAUUAAUAAAAAUAUAAUUUUAUUAAAAAUUGUAAGAAUGCCAAUUUUCUUCCAAGUUUUUUUAUUUUUUCGCUUUUUUGGUUGUGGGAGUAUAUUCCGCGCACAGCAAUUCUCGAAGCGCGUAAAGAACAUAGCAAGACACACAAUCAUAGAGUCAGUCGUUUAGGUAAACCCAUACUUUAACCCAAAGAGGGACAUUCUACACACACGAUCAAACAAACACGCAGUGUAUCUCGGAUUCGCGACGGUAAUGCAAUAUUCUUAUAUAUUCCGGACUUCCACCCUUGUUUCGCCUAUCUUCCGCUUGUAUCUUUCCGUCUUUAAUAUUGUUAUUACGCGAGGGCACAUAUUUCCGUUGAGCGUACAUUCGAGCAUACAUAAUCAAUUUUCUACGCGCGCAUCUGAACGUAUGUAUUCGGGAAAUUGAACGGAAUUUGAAUUCGAAAACGUUUCACCAAAUAGAAUCAAAUUGAAUCUUUAUUAUUUGGAAAACAUUUGAUACUACAUACAUAGUCACAGUUCCAAUAUAGUUUUUUUUUCUUUGUUUUGUUGUUGUUUUUGUUGUUUUUGAUUUUCGUUUUCAUUUGAUUCAAAAUGUGAUGUAAAAUAAUUGCGUCUGUAUAAAACGCCAUGUAUUUCCAUCUUACUUCUACGGUGAAUCAAAUUUCAUGUCAAUAAAAUUGUAGCAGAAGUAACGGAAAAUUGUAGACGAUGAAAUCAAUAACAUGACUAUGUCUGUAUAAAUUUUAUGUAAAAGCGAAAUGCUAAUCGAAAAGAAAUUGUAAAAUAUAUGAAUAAAUAUUGUGGGAAUAAAUUAAA